AUGAUGUACGACCGCGAAGAGCGCAGAGACCGUGGCGACCGUGGCGACCGGGGUGGCGGCGGCGGCGGCGACCGCGACAGGAAUCGAGAUCGCGGUGAAAGGAGACGAUCCAGGUCCCCCCACCACCGUUCCUCCCGGCGCGACUAUGAAGCAGACUCUUAUUCCUCGAGUCGAGAUUACCGAGCUCGCGAACGAGAAGACAGAUAUGGCGGCUCUAGACGGGAUGAACGUGAAUGGGACCGAGAUAGGAACCCCAGGCGUCGCGAUGAUGACCGACCACCACGUCGCGAUCGAGACCUGUUUGAUGAUCGGCGAGGUGGAGGUGGAGGUGGAGGUGCAAGAGGCGCUGGUGCAGGCGACCGCGACCGUGGUGGGCGAGAAGACCGUGAUGAAUUCGCUGCCCAGGCCCGUGGUCGCAAGAGCAGCCCUACACCCAAAAAGAGAGAGCCUACUCCAGACCUCACAGAUACCGUGUCAAUACUGGACCGCAAGAGGCGGCUUACACAGUGGGACAUCAAGCCGCCAGGCUAUGAAAAUGUCACGGCGGAACAAGCAAAGAUGUCAGGCAUGUUCCCUCUGCCCGGUGCGCCGCGUCAACAACAGAUGGACCCCAGUCGCCUACAGGCUUUCAUGAAUCAACCUCAGAGCGGUGUCAGCACCACCGCUCUCAAACCUUCAAACUCCCGCCAGUCCAAACGCCUUUUUGUUUUCUCCCUCCCCGCCUCCGUGACGGAGGAAAGUCUGCUCGCCUUCUUUAACCUGCAACUGAACGGUCUUAAUGUCAUCAAAGGCAAUGACCCCUGUAUUCAGGCCAAUAUUUCCGACGACCGCACGUUUGCCCUGGUAGAGUUCAAGCAGCCUUCUGAUGCAACAGUGGCUCUGGCUUUGGACGGAAUUACUAUGGAAGAGCAUCUUAAUGAGUUGAAUGGCAAUGGUCAUGGUAGUGCGAAAGGUCUGGAAAUUCGUCGCCCAAAAGACUACAUCGUCCCGUCAGCAGACGAGGAUGCCUACACUGCCGGGGAUAUCUCGACAGAGGUCCCAGAUACUGCAAACAAAGUCUCGAUCACGAAUCUGCCUUCAUACUUGACAGAUGAGCAGGUUAUCGAGCUCUUGAAAUCAUUUGGGGAGCUGAGGGCGUUCGUUCUGGUCAGGGACAACGAUGCUCAAGAAUCAAGGGGCAUUGCAUUUUGUGAGUAUCUUGAAGCUUCAACCACAGACAUAGCCGUGGAAGGUUUGAACGGGAUGGACUUAGCAGACCACAAGAUAAAAGUACAGCGAGCCAGUAUUGGUUUCACUCAAGCCUCGGGACUCGAAAUGGGCGUCAAUGCAAUGUCCAUGUUUGCCGGAACGACUUCAGAUAAUUUUGAGGAUGGUCGUGUCAUACAGUUACUGAACAUGGUGACUGCCGAGGAGUUGAUUGACAAUGAGGAUUAUGAAGAAAUCGUCGAAGAUGUGAUGGAAGAAUGUCAGAAAUAUGGCACGAUCGUCGAAUUGAAGAUCCCUCGUCCUUCAGGUGGUAGUCGGCAAUCGGCUGGCGUGGGCAAGAUCUUCAUCAAGUAUGACACCGCCGAAUCAGCCAAAAAAGCCCUCCAAGCACUCGCAGGCAGGAAAUUCGCCGAUCGAACUGUAGUCACCACAUAUUUUGAUGAGGUUCGUUGCAUUUAUCUUUCCUCCACACUAGUGUUCCUUCCUCUUGGUCAGCUAUCUGCUAACUUAUGUAACUUGAUAGGCCAGUUUUGA